ACGUUAAAUUAUGUAAUGAAAAGUCAACGUAUUAGCCGGUUUUAGAUAAAUAUCACAAUAAGCGACUUUAUACAAACUAAACGGAAUAUUCUUGCAAGCGUCUACAGUCGUGCUGUCGGUAUUUACGACAUUUGCCUCUACUUUCCAGCUUGCAUUUCCCAACCAUUUGGUUGCUAGGUGUUUUAGCGUCCUAUCUGUGUACGGUUGCUAGCUAAUGGCUAGCGUUAGCUGACCAUUAGGUUAUGCAAACCCAUAAUGUUUGUCCAAAAUGGAUUUUCUAAGUUUCAGUGGCGGACGAACACGCUGAAAGCGCCUACCGUUGUACUCACCCAUUAAAUGCUGUCAGAAUAAGGUUCUGCAGAAUACUCGCUGGAAGUACAAACGUAAUUUAAUGAGAGAGGAGGUCUUUGCUGUCAGUAGGUGUUUUAAAGGUUUUGGGCACUCACAUGAGUUCUAAGGAGGCAGCCAAGAUGGGGUACAUCUUGGAAACGGAAGCCAAUCUUCUCGGGAUGAUCAAGGAGUAUCUGAAGUUUGAGGAAUUUGAAGAGACUGUUCACAGUUUUGACAAGGAGUGCAAGAGCAAAGGCAAGCUCGUCUUAAAGCCUCAAGAAAGUACUCACAGAGACUCAAAGACUCGCGUCAUUCAGAAAGACCUCCUUAGCUCUUUUGAUGAUGGAGACCACAAAGUAUUCUUUGAACUGUGGACAGACAAUAUUCCCUCUGAGGUAAAAGACAGAGACACAGAGGCCCAAAGCCUGGAGUUCUACCUUCACAUCCAUUUCACCAUCUACCCACUGAGGAGGCAUCCUGGUGGACAUGACCGAGCUGAGUUUGAGGAGAGGAUUUUCCACUUCAAGCAGUACCUGGAGACUCGGGGGGCAGCACUGAGCCAGACAACAAAGUUUCUGCCUUACUACGCCUUGCCUUUUGUUCCCAACCCCACUGUCCACCCCUCCUUCAAAGAUCUUUUCCAGGAUUCCUGGAUACCAGAGUUGAAGGAAAAGCUGGAGCAGUUUCUGUCAGUGGCCCUGAAGUCGUCCAACAGCCCAAAGCUGCUGAAUUUAUAUAAGGAAGGAGGAAGGAGUUCUAAAGACUGCGCAGAGGCCAUACAGCAAUUGCAGCUCCAACUGGUUGAAUCGGACCGCCGCAUCACUAGCUACGUGCGAAAGUUCAACAAGAUGCAGGCGGACUACCACAACCUGAUUGGAAUCACUGCUGAGCUGGUCGACUCAUUAGAGGCCACUGUCAGUGGGAAAAUGAUCUCCCCUGAGUACCUGCAGAGCGUGUGUGUUCGCCUGUUCAGCAGCAAGAUGAGGCAGAGCGUGGUGCAGAGCAGUGACUUCACCAGACCUGGCACUGGAUAUUACUCUAUGAGUCCCUAUGAUGAUGGCUAUGCCUCCUCGAUGCUACGAGCAUCCAUUGCACCGCAGAGAUCCAAGGAGGUGCCAAUGCUACCCUCAUUGGACUAUGAGAAGCUGAAGAAAGACCUGAUUGAAGGCCCAGACAGACUCAGGUCUCUGCUGCUACAAGCACUGCGCUGGAGACUGACUCGCUCGCUUCCUGGUGAACAGAGAGACACAGUGCUUCAGGCCUAUAUCAGUAACGACCUGCUGGAGCGCUACAGCACUAAACAGAAAACUGUGCUUCAUUUGAUGAGAUCCAAGAACGAGGUUGUCCGCCAAUACAUGGCUCGUCUCAUCAAUGCAUUCGCUUCCCUUGCAGAGGGCCGGGUCUACCUCUCCCAAAUCCCCGUUCUUCUGAAACUUCUGUCAGAGGCACUCAGGAAGGAGGAAAAAGACUCCCUGACUAGAGAGAAUGUGCUAGUGGCCCUGCAGAAACUCAGCCUCAGGAGGAGCCAGCAGACCGCCAUGAUAGCAGAUGAUCUGAUUGGCUGGCUGGUGGAUGAGCUGCAAGAUUCAGACUGCCUGAGUGACUACACCCUGGAGUACUCUGCAGCUCUGCUUAUGAACUUGUGUCUGCGUACAAAAGGAAAAAGGAAGUGUGCAGAUAACGCCAAACAUGUGCUGAAGGUUUUAACUGACCUCCUUGGACACGAGAACCACGAGAUUCGACCAUAUGUGAAUGGAGCCCUAUACAGUAUCCUGUGCAUUCCCUCUGUGAGACAGGAAGCCAGAGAGAUGAGUGUAGAGGAGAUUCUCCGCUGCUACAGCAAGGAGGAGAACCCAGACCUUAACAGACAGAUCAAGUUCAUCAUUAAACAGCUGAACUCAGCUGACGAAGAGGCGCCUGAGUCAGACGAUGAAGAAGAAGAGGACGACAAUGAUGAAGAUUUAAUGGAAGCAGACCUUGAUACAGAGGAAGUCCUCCAACCACAGCCCAGGGAACUGUCUGGAGAGAGUCUGCUCACAACUGAGUACCUGGGAAUUAUGACCAACAUGGCAAAAGUGAAAAAGAAGUCAACCCCUCUGCCGCAACCAAGUGUUGAUGAACCCCUACAACGGCCAGUCACCCCAAGUUCUCAUCGUAAUACUAACGCGGAUUAUCGAUCCGGCGGUCAGGGGGCUGAGGGUAGCAGCAGACAGAAGAGUGUGGAAGGAAGCCUGCCUCCUUCCCGACACAACUCCCGACCUCCUACACGCUCUGGCAGUCGCCCUAGCACUGCUGACUCCCUACGUCACAGCAUCGACUCAGAGUGUGGACGGUUGUCCCAGGAGUCAGAGUUAGACAGGCCGCAUGAAGAGCGAGCCAGAAAAGGACAUUCCCAGGAGGAACACAAUGGACACUCUGCCAGUGGUGAUGCUAUCCCUGCAUUUGCAAGCCAGCCCAAGAUUCCCCGUACACCUGACACAGCAGCCAGCCAGAACAGUGCACACCGGAGUCGAGGCCUGACCUUGGCACCCCAGUUUUCACAGUCGGAGCCACAGCAGAGCAGCCGGCCAGGCUCUGCGAGCUCCACGGGAGGAGGGGAACAACAAAGUGGAAGCAGCCAGUCAAAGAGGAGGUGAAGAAGGAGCUGUCACCAUGGAGUGGCACUAUCUCCACGGGAGCAUCAGGCUUCCUGUAACAUCAUCCCCGUCAGGUUGUGAUCAGGGUCAGGGCAACAGAGAUGAUCGUGGAUCAGCAGGAGGAGGGGCUUGAACAAUGAAAUGGAUUGUGGCUCUGCACCACCCGUCCCCUUAUGCAACAUGAUAUGAGGUCAGACAAUAGUCACAACCCCCAGGUGAUAUUUGGCACACCUCAAUAUGUGCAACAUCCUCCAGCCAUGUCAAAAUUCAUGUGGAACAAGAUGUAAGUCUAAUUCGGGAGUAAAGCUCUGAUUUGAGAGAAAAUAUUUGAUCAUCUUUCUGCCUACUGGCCUACUGGUUUUCUGACAUAAGCACAUUACCUGCCAUUUUCCUCACAUGCAUAGGGGUAAACGGAGUCCCAGGGGCACUUUUUUUGUUGAUAAAUCCUCAAUAUCUCUGCUUCAGUCUGAAGUCAAUUUCACUGCGUACUGUAUAUAUUGACCGUGGUGGAAACUAUCCCUCCACAUAAAUAAAUAAUUUGCUUUAAUGCAAAUAUAAAGCAUUAUCUCAUAUCAGAGUAGCUGUUCUUGUUUUAUUUAUGCUCCAGGAAAUGUUUACAAGACACAGGUCUUGACAUUAAUUGUCAGGCUAGUGCAUGUUUUUUUCCAAAAUAUUAGGAACUGCUUAUUGCUGUUAAUAUAAACUACCAUCCAUACAACUUGAAUAUAUGUGAACGUCUUAAAUCCAGCAUCAGUUGCAUUGUACAUUUGCACUGUUUUUCUUGUGUUAGGUGAUGUGCUGUAUAUUUAUGUUAAUUGCUACAUUUUUGUUGUAAUGCAUUUCGAUAGCAAUUGAUUUUGAUACUUUUAUUGGAUUUAAAUAAAUGUGUGAUGUGUCACCUG